GAAUGCACGCAUUACAACAGAGCACAGACACACCCAAGCUCUGCUGCUCCACACUGUCACACUGAUACCGUCGGCCCAACCCCACCGGGCCUCACCAGCCGCCGCCGCCGCGCGCGCCAUCCUCGGCUCCUCUCACCCCCCUCCUCCCCGGGCCUCGUGGGUCUAUCUCCGCCUUCCCUCCGCGCGCGAUGGCCGCCGCGGCGCCGGGGGCCAGGAAGGUGCCGCGCGAGCUGGCGGAGCACGGCGAUGUCCGCGUCGACGGCUACUACUGGCUCCGCGACGACUCCCGCUCCGACCCGGACGUCCUCGCCCACAUCCGCGCCGAGAACGACUACACCGCCGCCCUCAUGUCCGAUGUCAAACAACUCGAGGAUGAAAUAUUUUCUGAAAUUAGAGGAAGAAUCAAGGAAGAUGAUACAGAUGCGCCUCUUCGCAGAGGGCAGUAUUACUACUAUGAGAGAACAUUGACUGGCAAGGAGUACGUGCAACACUGUAGGCGUCUUGUACCAACGGAUGGUCCUACUACAGUAGAUGAUGUGAUGCCCUCAGGACCUAAUGCACCUGAUGAGCAUAUUCUUUUAGAUGAGAAUGUAAAGGCAGGGGGGCAUGACUACUACAGCAUUGGGGCUUUCAAGGUCAGUCCCAGCAGUAAGCUGGUUGCUUACGCAGAAGACACUAAGGGUGAUGAAAUAUAUACUGUUUAUGUCAUUGAUGCGGAGAGUGGAAAAUAUGUUGAACAACAACUUGAAGGAAUUACUUCUGACAUUGAGUGGGCUGGUGAUGACUACCUUGUUUACAUAACAAUUGACAGAAUUCAUCGACCAGAUAAAGUAUGGCUACACAAGUUAGGAUCUGAUCAGUCGGAUGAUAUAUGCCUAUAUCAUGAAAAAGAUGACAUGUUUUCACUUGCUCUUCAAGCUUCUGAAAGCAAUCAAUAUUUAUUUGUUGGAUCAGAAAGCAAAAACACAAGCUUUAUAUUCUACCUAGACAUAUCCAAACGACGGAACAAGGAACUUGCUAUUUUGACACCUUGUGUAUAUGGCAUUGAUACGACAGCCAGUCACAGCGGAAACAAUUUCUAUAUUAAGAGGCGAAGUAAAGAAUUCUACAACUCUGAAUUGGUUGCUUGCCCAUUGAAUAAUAUAGCUGAGGUCACUGUCCUGCUACCACAUAGAGAAAGCGUGAAAAUUCAGGACUUCCAGCUCUUUGAGAAUCAUAUUGCUGUCUAUGAACGUGAGAAUGGUCUACCAAAAGUAACUGUAUAUGGCCUACAGGCCAAUGGAGAGUCAGUUGGGGAACUUCAGGGUGGACGAGUCAUUGAUUUCUUUGAUCCAGCAUAUGCAGUGGAACCUGAGGAGUCACAGUUCCAUUCUUCUAUUAUUCGGUUCCAUUAUAGCUCACUGGAGACACCACCCUCUGUCUUUGACUAUGAUAUGGAUUCAGGGGUGUGUGUACUGAAGAAAAUAAAUACUGUUUUAGGUGGAUUUGAUGCAUCAAAUUACGUAUCAGAAAGAAAAUGGGCUGCCGCUUCUGAUGGCACACAGAUCCCUAUCUCCAUUCUAUAUAGAAAAGAUCUUGUGAAGCUUGAUGGCUCAGACCCCAUGCUACUAUAUGGCUUUGGCUCCUAUGAGGUAUGUGUAGAUCCGAGUUUCAGUGGAUCAAUAUUCUCUCUAGCAGAUAGGGGUUUUGUUUAUGCAAUAGCUCAUGUUCGCGGAGGCGGUGAAAUGGGCCGGAAGUGGUAUGAAGAUGGAAAGCUGUUGAAGAAGAAGAACACCUUCACUGAUUUCAUUGCUUGUACUGAGCACUUAAUUCAAAGCAAAUACUCUUCGAAGGAAAAGAUUUGCAUUAAUGGCAAAAGUGCAGGUGGCCUGUUGAUUGGUGCUGUCCUAAAUAUGAGGCCUGACUUAUUCAAGGCAGCCGUUGUUGGGGUACCUUUCGUUGAUGUUCUCACAACCAUGCUUGAUCCAACUAUUCCAUUGACUACAGCUGAAUGGGAGGAGUGGGGUGAUCCAAGAAAAGAAGAAUACUAUUUUUAUAUGAAAUCAUAUUCUCCAGUUGACAACGUGAAAGCACAAGAGUAUCCCCACAUUCUCGUCACCGCUGGCUUAAAUGAUCCAUGCGUUAUGUACUCCGAACCUGCUAAAUUCGUGGCGAAGCUGAGGGAGUUGAAAACGGGUGACAAUCUUGUGUUGUUCAAGUGUGAACUCGGUGCUGGACACAACUCCAAGUCAGGGAGAUUCGAGAAACUACGAGAGGAUGCCUUUGCUUACGCGUUUAUUCUCAAGGCGCUGGGCAUGACCCAUAAGGCUUGAUUGUGAGCCAUUCGGAAUAUUUGGUCCAAUUUUAGAUGGUUCAUUUCGCCGAUGUAAAACUUGUCUUCAUUCUACCGAUUUUGGUUUUACUUGGUGUAUCUUGGUCAGGUGGACACCUUUGAUUUGUUCCACAGAGGGCAUUUGAUUGGGUUGCUCCAAUGAACAACUUUAACAACAAACAGAAUUCGAGCUUGUAUUGAUGCCGAGCAACAAAAGUACUUUACGCUCACCCUGCAGGCCUGCACGUCUGUGUCCUCAAACGGUUCGCUGUGCGGGCUCAAGGAUCAAGCAGGAGCCCAAGGCUUAGGCUGCCUUUGUUUAGACUGGAGUUGAAAACAAGUUAGUUAGAGCUGGAAUAAACUAAUUUUCUGCUAGAGCUGGAAGGCUGGAGCUGGACCUGACUUGUUGUUCGUUUAGUAUAGUAAUGAAACUGUGGCUGGAGCUGGA